AUGGAACAUUCAGACAAAAAGAUAAAGACAAAGCAUAUACCAAUCACUUUGAUAUCGAAUGAUUAUAAACACGACAAUAAGUUCUUUCAUAAGAGUUGUACAAAGACACAGGCACAGGCUACAUCGACACCGACAUUGACGCAACAGGUUAAUACACCUACACCAACAACACCAACACCAGAUACAAAGUGUAAUGAUGUUGAAGUCAACAACAAUAACAACAACAAUAUAACGAAUGACAUUGAUUCGAAGAAUAGAAGAAGAGAUUAUGUUGAUGCUGCUGUUGGAAACACUGGUGAGACUGUUCCACUUUAUAUUAGCGAGACAGAGAGACGUCUAUUUGAAGUAUUGCUACAGGUGGUAGAGAAAUCAAAGUGUGGAACAACUCUUAGAGUCGCUGGUGGUUGGGUCAGAGACAAGCUACGUGGAGAUGACUCUAGUGAUAUAGAUAUUGCACUGGACAACCUUAUGGGUGAGGCUUUUGCAUCAUUGGUCAAUCAGUACUUGCAGGAUCAUAAUCAGGAGACUCAUAGGAUUGGUGUGAUUCAGUCCAACCCAUCUCAGUCCAAACAUCUAGAGACUGCCACUGUCAGGAUAUUCGACAUGUGGAUAGACUUUGUCAAUCUGCGAUCAGAGACCUACACCGAAGAGUCAAGGAUUCCGACAAUCCAAAUAGGUACACCUCAGGAGGAUGCAUUCCGCCGCGAUUUGACCAUCAACUCAUUGUUCUACAACAUCAAUGAGAAUAAGAUUGAGGACUUUACUGGUAAUGGUAUCAAUGAUUUGAUGUGCGGCAUUGUUCGCACUCCACUGCCUCCUCAGACAACAUUCUUGGACGAUCCACUGCGUGUACUCCGAUCAAUCCGUUUCGCCACACGUCUCUACUAUGCAAUCGAUCACAAGCUUGUUGAAGCUGCCUCUUCACCCAAGGUCAAGGAGGCUCUCAAGUCCAAAGUGUCGCACGAGCGUGUUGGAAUUGAGCUGGAGGGCAUGCUAUCUGGUCCUCGUCCCGACCUGGCCAUUCACCUAAUUCACGACCUUGGUCUAUUCGAUCACAUCUUUAGUCUGCCAGAGGGUGUCACGAUCAAGGAGAAGAACUACAGGUUCAUUGCCACGGAGAAUAUAUUGAAUAUGAUGAGGUUCAUCAACUGGGGCGUGGCAAACGAGGAGGUACCAACGAGGAAGCUUAGGUUGGUGUCCUCGCUGCUGCAGGUCUUCAAGGACUACAAUUACACGACAAAGAAGAAUAGACAAUUGCCAUUGAUUCAACACUUGAUGGUGGAGUUCCUAAAGUUCUCCAACAAGGACUACGACGACGUACUCAAUGUGUUGGAAUGUGCCGAGAAGUUCAAGCAGCACGUUGCCAAUCUCGACAUCAAAGGCACAUUCUCGAGGAAGGACGUUGGAUUGAUCAUGUACAAGGCUGGUCCACUAUGGAGAACUGCACUGGCCAACUCCCUCAUUUCCGAGUUGCCCAAGUACAACAGGAAUCUAUCAUACCCAUUGCACAAGCCCGAGCUCAUCGAUGGCGUACCCUCGCCCAGCUCACCCAUGCACGACUUCCAUCUCCACUCUCACAAUCCCCAUGCUCACCACCCACCUUUGUGCGAGGCAUCUAAAGCCAUUGUUGCCAAGUAUGAUAACUUUGUAGCGAGUGUUGCGAGCCAUGAUUUGAUUGGCGUGUGGAACAUAAAGAAGCAUUUGGAUGGCAAGAUGGUGAUGGAGAUGUUGAACAUGAAGCCAGGCAAGUGGCUGGCAGGCGUCCUACAGGAGAUCUUUGAAUGGCAACUGGACAACCCCAAGCUGGAUCAAGAGCAUUGCAAGCAAUGGGUACUCAAUAAAUUCUCGUCGCUGCCUAAGCAGUAG